AUGCUCCGCCUCCGCCGUCUCCUCUCUCCUUCCUCCAACUCCUCCGUCUCCCCUCUGCUUCGCCUGCUCUCCGCAUCCGCAUCCGCACCCCGCAUUUCCCCGAACCCUAGCAGCUUCGCCAUCGAGGAGUACCUCGUCGACACCUGCGGCCUCACCCGCCCCCAAGCCCUCAAGGCCUCCCUGAAGCUCUCCCACAUCAAGUCCGCCGCCAAACCCAACGCCGUCCUCGCCUUCCUCUCCGGCCUCGGCCUCUCCGGCGCCGAUGCCGCCGCCGCCGUUGCCAAAGACCCGCGGCUCCUAUGCGCCAAAGUGGACAAAACCCUGGCCCCUAAGGUCAUCGGGCUCAUUGGCCUCGGCCUGUCGCGUCCUGACAUCGCCCGCAUCGUCUCCCUCACCCCCGACUGCUUCCGCUCCAGAAACAUCGUCUCCAAGCUGCACUACUUGCUGCCCCUCUUCGGCUCCUUCCACAGCUUCCUCCGGCUGCUCAAGCGCUCAUCCCGCCUGUUGUCUUUCGACCUCCACAAGGUGGUCAAGCCCAAUGCUGCCUUCCUGAGGGAGUGCGGACUAGGUGAUUGUGAUAUUGCCAAGCUGUGCAUCUUUGUGCCGAGGAUGCUCACCACCAACCCGGAGCGCGUUCGGGCGAUGGUCGCAUGUGCUGAAAGAUUAGGUGUGCCGCGCGGCUCUGGGAUGCUCAGGCAAGCGCUGCAGGCCGUCGCGUUUCUCAGCGAGGAGAAGAUCGCCAGCAAAGUGGAGUAUCUGAAGAAUACGUUCAGGUGGUCUGAUGCCCAAGUGCGCAUUGCUGUCUGUAAGUAUCCGAAUCUGCUGAGCAAGUCAAAGGAGUCUCUGAAGCGCAGGUCCGAGUUCUUCUUCUUUGAGGUGGGCUUGGAAUCGGCGUACAUUGCUCAUCGUCCGGUGUUGCUCUCUUACAGCAUGCAGGGCCGUCUCAGACCCAGGUACUAUGUUAUCAAGUUCCUUAAGGCAAAUGGAUUGUUGGGUCAGUACCGGGACUACUAUAGCAUAGUCAUGCUGAGCGAGAAGGUAUUUGUGGAGAAGUUCAUAUGCCCUCACAAGAAAGCUGCACCACACCUUGCUGAAAACUAUGCAACAGCUUGCAAAGGGGAAGUGCCAACUAAUUUCAGAUUUACAUGAACAAAAAGGAGCUAUGGAAAUUGAUUACAAUGUAUGGCAUAACAAAGUUAUCACCCUACAUGUAAGCUAGUAGCACUUCCUGUUUCGAUGUUCUUUUCCUAAGAUGGUGUUGGUUGUUUUCUGUAGUACGCCUGUUGCUAAAUGCUAACUCCCUAUGAAACUGAUAAUUUGAUUCCUGAACCCCUAUUUGUUAAUGUUGUCAUACCUUAGAGAAGAUCUCUGUAAAUGAGAAGGCCAUGGAUAUAUAUACAGUGCACCUCUGUCCUGUUGUGUCUGCACUCUACAGAGCAUCAGCAGAUCUUGGCUGCUGUUGUUAUUUUUUUCCUGCUUAGUGACUUGAACUGAGGUACGUUGACUCUCUUUUCUUGAACGUCAUGAUCCAAAUAGAGAAGAACUUAACUGACGCAAGAGGGGGAAAAAAUGAAACACUUAGCAAAGUGUGCAUGCUUGUAGAUCUCUGCUUUAUAUUUGUAUGGAGACAAAUGGAUUGGACGUUAGGUUCAGAUAGGAUGGAUAUAUCUAAGCCCGUUGCCACUAGGAAAAAAGUCAUCCUGCUGUUCAGAUUGAUCUAGUUUUCUUUAAAGAGUUUUACUGGAGCAAAAUUAAUGGUUAAGAUAGCUUGAUUUUUUGCACUGGGAUUAGACUUAUGUUUGCUCAGAAGAUCCAGCUGAGAAAACGAACCUAAUUAGUCUGAUGUAAUUUUUCUGCUGCACUGAAGCCUACUAAUACGGUGAUGCUGAAUUACCAUAAGUAAGCAUGAGUAUGUUUUCCUUACAUUGAAACGAUGGACGCUGCAAGUGGUUUGAGGUUUCUAAUGUUCAGUUCUGACUAUUAAACAUUCAUUUUUGACUGAACAAGUGGGUGUUUCGAUUGAUGUGUCAGGUCAAAUAUGUAUAUAUGAUUAAGUCGAGUGGUGUGUUUCUCAGGUUUACAUUGCAAAGACCACUGUUCCUAGAAACACGAACUGACUUUAUGAUUAUACACUAGGCCC